AUGCAAACUUGGUCUCGAUAUCGAAUAUGCGAUGGAAUUUGGGAUUUUAAGAAUGGAACAAUUGGUUGUUUAGAUAAAAUUUAUACUGGAGAUGAUUUUUGUCAUUGUCUAGGAUGUACUGAUGAUAAAAAACGUCCAGCAGAAUUCAAAGGUAAUAAUAGAUUUCGAUGCCAGAAUGGAACAGAUAUUCCACCAACGGCUUUAUGGGAUCAACUUCGUGAUUGCUCUGAGAAUGAAGAUGAAUUAGUUUGUCCGUGGGCAAUUAAUAGAACAAAUGGUUGGCAUUCGGCAUAUUGUUGUCAAUCUGUGGCUGAAGAUCAAUGGCUUUGUGAGUUAAAAUGGAAAAGUGAAUAUACAUUAUUCGAUUAUAUUCAGAACCAUCCUCAAAUAAAAGUGAAGACUUUGUUCGAAAAUAAUUCCAUUUUAAAAGUUUUGAAUACAGUUACGUUUUUCACAUUCAAUCAAGCUUGUCUUUAUUAUGAACAUCUUUUACAUCAACGUUCGACAAAACAAAGUUUAUAUUUAACAUAUCCACAUCCACCACCUAAAUCACAAGGACAUUGA